ACUAGAUGCGCCCUUCCUCAAACGGAACAAUUGAGUAAUACGCUCACUCGCCCACUUUGGCUCAACCCCACCACAGACUUCCAGACGUUAAGCUUGCACGGUUUGAAGUUUGUUCUGGCGACCACCCAAUGAAGUAAAGCCGCAGGUGAGAGCACCGAUCCAAGAAGCCACAGCAGGAGAGCCACGAGCCACGAGGACUACUCGUAUCUCUAUCUCAACCUCGCUCGAAAAAAAAAAACGAGACUUCUCACCCGGAAAGACCCACAAUGGCAUCGACCGAGGCAGCGUCGGCUUCGCCGGCCUCGCCGGUCAUCAAGAUCGGGACGCGGCGCUCGCCGCUGGCGCUCAGGCAGACGGAGCACCUGGUCGCGGAGCUGCAGAGGGCGCACCCGGGCCUCUCGUUCGAGGUGGUGGCCAUCAAGACGCAGGGCGACAAGGACAAGGUGUCGCCGCUGCCUUCGAUGGGCAAGGGCCUGUGGACCAACGAGCUCGAGGCCAUGCUGGCGGCGGGCGAGGUGGACAUGGUGCUGCACUGCCUCAAGGACAUGCCCACCACCGUCCCGGCCGGCUUCGAGCUGGGCGUGAUCAUGGAGCGCGAGGACCCGCGCGACGUGGUCGUCAUCCGGUCCGCCCUGGUCGCCGCAGCCGGCGCCCGCAGCCUGGCGGACCUGCCGGCCGGCAGCCUCGUGGGCACCAGCAGCCCGCGACGGUCGGCGCAACUGCGGCGGCGGCACCCGGCGCUGCGGUUCCGCGACUACCGCGGCAACAUCGACACGCGCCUGUCCAAGCUCGACGCCGAGGGCGGCGAGUUCGACUGCAUCAUCCUGGCCGCGGCGGGCCUGCACCGCAUGGGCCUGCACGGGCGCGUGUCGCAGUACCUCGACUCGGCGUCGGGCGUCCUGCACGCCGUCGGCCAGGGCGCGCUUGCCAUCGAGGUGCGCGCCGGCGACGAGCGCGUGCUGGGGGUCGCGCGCGUCGUCGCGCACGAGGCCACGUCGGUCGCCUGCCACGCCGAGCGCGCCGUCAUGCGCGCGCUCGAGGGCGGCUGCAGCGUCCCCGUCGGCGUCGAGACGUCGUGGGGCGGCGAGGGCGGGAAGCGGCUGAGGCUCAAGGCCACCGUCGUGAGCCUGGAUGGCACCGAGGCCGUCGACGCCGACGACGAGGCCCUCGUCUCGACCGCUGAGGAGGCCGAGGCGUUUGGGAAGAAGGUCGCGCUGGACCUGGUGGCCAGGGGGGCGAGCAGGAUCCUCGACGUCAUCAACGAGACUCGACUGGCACCGCCGGUCAAGACGACUACUGCUGCAUCUUGAUUCGGGUCUUUGGUUUCUUUUUUCUCGCCCUGUAUUUUUUCCUCACAGAAGCAGCUAGUCACACACUCUACUGAGAAAACAGGUACCUUCCCCCCAAUUUACCUAGGUAUCUGGUUUCACGCAGGGUAAAAAAAGAAUGGCGCUGUUUCCAUGGAUUCAUUCGGCCUUAACAGCCUCCCAUUUGUCUAUUUUACCUACUCUGCUACAUUCCCCAUUACCUCAUGCAAGAGGCCCUUUCCACUUGCCGA